CAGAUUCUUCACCUCCACCUGGGCCAGGCUGGUACCCAGCUCGGUAACUCUGCUUGGGAGCUCUACCUUCUCGAGCACGGUCUCGGCCCCGAUGGCCGUCCCGACCCCAAUGCUCCCGAUAUUGGUGACCCUGGUUCUUUCGAGACUUUCUUCACUGAGACCAGCAGCGGCAAGCAUGUUCCUCGAUCUCUCUUCGUCGAUCUCGACCCCUCUCCUAUUGACGAGAUCCGAACUGGCGAAUACCGUAACCUUUUCCACCCCGAGUUGUUGAUCAGCGGCAAGGAGGAUGCCGCCAACAACUAUGCUCGUGGUCACUACACCAUUGGCAAGGAGAUGGUUGACAAUGUCAUUGACCGCAUUCGUCGCGUCGCCGACAACUGCCAGUCUCUUCAGGGUUUCCUGAUCUUCCACUCCUUCGGUGGUGGUACCGGCUCUGGUUUCGGUGCUCUUCUCCUCGAGCGUCUCUCCACCGAGUACGGCAAGAAGUCCAAGCUCGAGUUCGCUGUCUACCCUGCGCCCCGAACCUCGACUGCCGUCGUUGAGCCUUACAACGCUGUUCUCUCUACUCACAGCACCAUUGAGAACUCUGACUGUACUUUCCUCGUCGAUAAUGAGGCUGUUUACGACAUCUGCCGUCGCAACCUCGAUAUUCCUCGCCCCUCGUACGAGCACCUAAACCGCCUCAUCGCCCAGGUUGUCAGCUCCAUUACCUCUUCUCUCCGAUUUGAUGGUGCCCUCAACGUCGAUCUCAACGAGUUCCAGACCAACUUGGUUCCCUACCCCCGAAUUCACUACCCUCUCAUCAGCUACGCCCCUGUCAUCUCCUCUGCCAAGAGUGAGCACGAGAGCUUCAAGGUCCAGGAGCUUACCUUCCAGUGCUUCGAGCCCAACAACCAGAUGGUCGUCUGCGAUCCCCGAAACGGCAAGUACAUGGCUGUCGCUCUUCUGUACCGUGGUGAUGUCGUUCCCCGCGACUGCAACGCCGCUAUCGCUGCCCUCAAGGCCAAGGCCUCAUUCAACUUGGUUGAGUGGUGCCCCACUGGUUUCAAGCUCGGCAUCAACUACCAGAAGCCCAUGGCUGUCCCCGCCGCUCCUGAGGCUGGUGGUCUUGCCCCCGUCAAGCGAUCCGUCUCUAUGCUUUCCAACACCACCGCCAUCGCUGAGGCCUGGUCCCGACUCGACUACAAGUUCGACCUUAUGCACAGCAAGCGUGCUUUCGUCCACUGGUACGUUGGUGAGGGUAUGGAGGAAGGUGAGUUCACCGAGGCCCGAGAGGAUCUUGCAGCUUUGGAGAAGGAUUACGAGGAGGUUGCUGCCGACUCCUUCGAGCCUGAAGAGGAGCUCGAGUACUAG